CGAAAAUGGACUAACGUUGAGUGAUCAUCUCUGUCUCUACAGUACUACACCAGCUGAAUCUUUUGGAGGGUCUCAAUCAAGUAGUACCAAGAUAAUCCCUCACGAGAUCAUUCGUCCAAUAUUUCGCAUCUUUUUUUAUAACCUAUCACACUGAAAGUUAUCCCUGUCCCUUAGCUCCGAAAUCCGGGAUAUUGGCUUGGUGGCUAGCCCUCCCGCCAGCCACAAAGAUCUACGAUCCUAUGAGAAUCCAAGCCUUUGUUCCUCAUCCUUAAGCCCAGAAGCCAAUAACCCAAAGGCUUUCGGAGGCAAAAUCAAUUUCUCGAAGCCAUGAUGAAGGGCUGUUCAUGACAUUAAGUCAGCCUUGACCAUAGUAUUAUUUCAUUCUUUUCGUCUGAUUUUAUUGCUUCUCUCCAUUUCUUCCACAAGAUUAAAUGUAACAGCAGAAUGUCAGUUUGCAAAGCCUCACCACUAAGUAGCCAUCUCCCUAUAAUAUCCGAAGAAAAACAGGUCUGUGAAAUCCAAGAACCGCCCCCACUCCCUUCGCGAUCACCAAAGAGACCUUCGAAUAGCAAUUUCAGAGAAUCAGGUCUGUCAGCUUCCAGUUAUGCUACAGCUACAUCUUCUGGAGGAGACUACGGUUAGAUAGCAGGGCAGGAAUCGGAAAAGUUAGCAAAGAUAAGGCAAAAUGUUGCUAAAAACAAGUAUCUUGGAAGAAGAGGAGGCUGGUUAAGUUGUGGCAUAGCCUUGUGGAUUCUUUCUUUCUGUAUUAUUGGACUUGCCGUUGGACUGGCUGUCGGUCUAAGAAAAAGGAGCAUGGGCUCGUAAGUUGAGACUUUCCUCGCUUCAUUUAUAAGUCUUUUCUAACACUUUUUGGUAGUAAUGCAGAUGAGAACGUUGUUCCGCCAAAAGUCACCACCGCAUUUCCGGCAGAAUCAUAUUCGAUAAACACGUACCUCUCAAGUGUCACAACAAACUGUACUUCCAACCCAGAAACCUGGCGUUGCUACCCAUACACUACCUAUUCCCAAUCAAAAAUCGAUUCAGCGGCAACAUUCGAUUGGGUGAUAUCCGCCGACUCUCAAACACCCUCUCAUUACCUUAUCUCGUCAACGCCCAACUAUUUUUCCAUCAUGUUUACCAAUAUUUCUCUUUCAUUGAAGUCCUCCGGUAGCCAAGAUGAGCAUCUAUUCUUCGAAACAAAUAUCCAAAAAUCCACUACCCCAGCCACACCUUUAGCGAGCGAAAAUAUAGCUGCGAAUUGCAAUUUCAGUAACGCGAUUUUACAAGGUUACCUAUAUACGAAAAUGACAAAGACGUAUCCAACAAGCAAAGAAAACACAAGCGCAACGAAUAUUGGAAGUGGGGCUUUUUCGGGAUGGCCAUAUGCUGUGAGAUUUCAGGAGGUGGCUAGGAGUGGAAGACAAAUCCCAACUUGUCUGGAUGCGAACGGAAAGUCUUCGGGAAAUUUCAGUAUUCAAGGGGAGGGGAAAGAAUGUGCUUGUUCAUACCUAAAUACUGGCACAUGA